GUUUGAUCAUUGAUCAUUUAUUUUUGGAACGAAAUCAUUCUGCUUAAAAGCAGAGUCUCUGGUUGUCAGCGUUUAAAUUUAGUUUAUUCAUCGAUCUCAAUGUGAAGUUUAUAUCGAAAGAUUGUUUGAAGAUCUGUUAUGGAAUAUGAGUCAUCAUAUAGCAUAUCUCUGUUUGUUUUUAAUCACGACCGUUGUGUUUGGAGAUGAAGUGAAGUCAGUGUCAGUGAUGGAGGGAGAUUCUGUUACUCUACAUACUGAUAUUACUCAAAUACAGAAAGGUGAUCAGAUACUGUGGAUAUUCGGACCUAAAGGGACUCUUAUAGCUCAAAUAUAUACAGAGAUCAUCAAUACAUAUGAUGGGGUAAAGCUGGACAGUCAGACUGGAUCUCUUACCAUCCCAAACAUCAGAAUCACAAACUCUGGACUUUAUAAACUAAAGAUCAGCACCAACAUUGGGAAUUCAUACAAGAAAUUUAAUGUUACUGUCUAUUCUCGUCUUCCCAUUCCUUUCAUCAUUAGAAACUCUUCUCAAUUUCCGUUAUCAUCAAUCUCAAACUGUUCAUUAUUAUGUUCAGUGUCGAAUGUGAGAGAUGUGAGUCUGUCCUGGUACAAAAGAAACAGUUUAUUAUCCAGCAUCAGUGUGUCUGAUCUCAACAUCAGACUCUCUCUACCUCUGGAGGUUGAAUAUCAGGACAACAACACAUACAGAUGUGUACUCAACAAUACCAUCACAAACCAAACCCAACAUCUCAACAUCAAUGAUAUCUGUCAGACGUGUUCAGAAUUACAGUGCUUUUAUGUAAUACUACUGACAGCUACAAUUGUUCCGCUGCUCAUAGUUGUAGCUUUUUGUGUGAUUUGCUGUUGGUACAACAAUAGUAAAAAAACAAAGAAGUUAACAAGGUGCAGACCCUUAAAGAUAGAUGUGUCUUCUGGAACUCCUGUAUAAUUCAACCAGUCAGAGGAAGACUUUGAAGCUGCUGAAGUGUUUCCGGAUAAUUCCAUAUGCAAUGACCAUGGGCCUGAUGUCUGAGACUGCAAUAUACUGUACCAACCCAACAUUAAGAUGCCCACUGCCAGAGCCGUUUCUAGGCUAAGCAAUCUAGGCAGUUGCCUAGGGUGCCACCAGCUGCAGGGGUCGCCAAAAGAGCCAAUAUACAUUUUGCCUACUGCUUCGCUGACUUGAGUGAAAAAUGAGCACAGCAACAAAGACAAACUGUAAAACAAACAUUUUUAUACAUUUGAACAAAGAAACAUCUUAUAAUAAAUAGUGCAGAUUUGCUGUUAGAGUGAAAGCAGGAGUCAAGCAGUGCAGUUGAGUAUCCUGAUGGCCUGUGGGCAGAGGCGGACACUACUUAAGUAUUUUUACUUUCUACAUAAAAGUAAUUUUUUAAGUAUUCGUAUUUUAUUAGUGUUUUUGUUUGGAAAACAUACAUUUCAGAACAUAUUAUCAUAAUUUUUACUCCAAUACAUUUCAGAAUUUUAAGUUUUUGGUUUAUAUUUAAUAUUUCAGUACAUUAAACAUCUAGUUUUUGUUUUACUUGAGUAAAAGUAAAAAAGUAUUUAUUACUUUUUACUUAAGAAAAGUAAAAGUACACAUUUUUUAUGGAAUUAGGUAUGAAAUCAAAUUUAAUAUGCAAUAUAGAAAGAAUAUAAAGUAUGAUUUGAACACUAUGAACAUUUUUUAGUAAAGUAAUUUUUUCUCAAGACAAACAGAAGCCAGAGGAGGAAAUCAUUGUUGAUACUUUGUACAGUCAAACCGGUUUUCCCACUUGUCAUGUAAAUUAUUGAUUCAUACACUGAAAAAAACUAUUCAUUCAAUUUACUCAAUUUUUUAAGGUAAGUUGUCACAGUCAAUUUAUUUAAGCUAUAUUUAAACAAAAAUAAUUUGAAUAACAAAACUUUUGUUUAAAUGUAUAGCUUAUAGCUUAAAUUGACUGAAACCACAUUCCUUAAAAAUAUUUUGUAAAUUGAAUGAUUAAUUUUUCAGUGUAUUUUAAAAUUAAAAACCAGUUGCAUUAAAUGUAGACUGAUUUAAUUUCAAUCUAUAAAAGUAAGAUUGAUUAGCCCUAACUGUCACAGUGACAUGUUUUGUGUCUAUUCUAUAUUGUCAUCACCUGGACACUUUUUAAUUAUCACAUCAUUCAUUCCACCUGUGUGUCAUUAGUCUUUGUGUAUUUAUACCAGUGUUUGUGUCACACUCAUGGUUGGAUUAUUGUCAUUGCUUACCAUGUCUGUUUCCCGUGUUACUUGUUCUGGAUGUUACUAUGUUUUUGCUACCCUGUUACUCCUCGUGUUUUUGUUUCCCCAUUUUAUUAUUAAAUGUUAUUUAUAUUUUGAACUCUGCAUUUGCGUCCUGACUCACGUCCCGUGUCAUGACACUAACAAAUUGCUAGUUGGUAUUAGACACAGUCUUGAUUUAGCGACUAUGUUUAUGCAACCAGCCCAGAUUGAAAUGUUUAGACGGAUGACUUGAUUCUUAAAGUCUCACUGUUACUUGCAAAUUGUAAUUCAUUUUAUUUAACUGAAAAGGAAAUACCUCUAUGAUAAUUAAGUAUUAUGGAGUGGAAUUUGUUUGAAGCAUUCUUGUGUCAUAUGUCUUUUGUCAUUUUAAUCACAUCAAACAAAGGUGUGUAGUAUGUACUGUAAGGUACCACCCACAAGCCCAACGACAGAUACAA